AUGCGCCUCGAGCCGGAACCCAGGCCACUCGCUCUGCGCCUGGGCCGCGAUGGCUUCGUGGCUUGCGCCGCUGCGCUGGGAGCCGCAGAGGCCGCCAAGUCGCUGUCCUGCUUGGACCAGCAUGCCGCCCGCGUUCUGGGACCCGGCGCGCAGGCACAGGACCUUGACGGUGAGCAACGCUUCAAGAUACACUUGCUCUACCCGUGGGCUGCCAGGCUCGUGACCCACCCUAGGCUUCUGGAGGCCGUGAAGUCCGGCUUGGGAACGGAGAAUGUUCUCGUGUGGUUCUCGGAAGUCAACGCCAAGGGACCGCUGUCCAAGCGCCACGCCGCACCUCAUCAGGACUUCAUCUUCGCAAGUCUGGCACCCAAUGACGCGGUACUGACAGCUUGGCUGGCACUGACAGAUGCCGCCACUGAGAUGGGCGGACUCUUCUUUCGGCGCCAUUCGCACCUUCACGGCGAACUGCCGCACUGUGUGGACGACAAGGUUGAAAAUUUAAUUGGCUUCCAUUGCUGCGACUCUGAAUUCCUGGCAGAUGCGCAGGAGGACGAGGAUGCUGUGCCUGUGGAGCUUGCAGCAGGUGAGGCCAGCUUGCACACCUUCAGGACACUGCAUUGGUCUGGUCCCAACCUGACUAACGAAAGGCGUGUGGGCUUGGCGAUCCGCUACGUUCGUGCAGACGUCGGGAGGAACCGCCGGCUUCCCUGCCGGGAGAGUGCCAUGUUGGCUUGUGGGUCCUAUGACCCCGCCCAUGGUGCCUUUGAUCUGGAGCCACCCCCGGCCUGCGAUGCCGGGCCCAGGGAGCGCGAAGUGCACGCAGAUGCCUUGGCCAGGGAGCGCAAGAACUACUUCGACGAGGGUGCCACAUGA